AUGACAUCAAUAAAUCAAGGGAAUCUUCUAAAAAAGUCACAUUUGAAUGAUCUUAAUUAGACCAGCACCUUAAAAUUCAGUCUUGAAGGCAAGGCUAAGAAUCUAACAAAUCCCUCAGGUAGUCAUCAACCUAUACAAGUUUUGAAAAAUGAAUAGCUUAAAAUGCGGUUGAGUGUUGAAAAACUUAAUCAUGAAAACAAUCUCCUUACUCCUAUAAAAAUCACAAAAUUUACUCCCAAAUCUAUUUUGAGAUUCGAUGAUAAUUCAGCAGAGAUUAAGGAUCAAUCUUAAGAGGUAAGAGUCAUUGAUUAGCUCUAAAACUCAAACCUAGGCUUAAUUUUUAAGAAAAAUGAACGAAGUUAGCAAGACUUAAACAGAAUCCAUAUGAAUAUGACUUAGAGCAAGUUUUCUUGGAAUGAAUUUCAAAUGAAAUAAUCUCUUAAAAGCUUAGAGAAUAGGCUUAAGAAUGUAGAAUAGAGCAAUAUAUCACUACUUGAAUAGCAAAAAUACUAGUUCUAGGAAUAAAAUUUCCAGAUUCCAUAUAACUAAAAAUACAUUAAGUAUGACAAUCAAAUUCGUAAGCAAGAGUUAGUAAGCAAUGGAAAGAAGGUUCUCAGAGAUAUCAACAAUAAACCUCCCUUUCAAUAACUUAUCGAGUCUUAUGAGUAAUAGUAUCAUGAGGAGUUAUUAAAAAGAAAUAAUCAAGAAAUCUAGUAAUAGGCUAUGAAGAAUAUUAACAUUCACUCAAGCAAAGAGUUUAAUCCAAAUAGGACAGCUUCAGUUUUAGGUGACUACAGUCAGCAGCCAUCUAAAUUAUCUCCAUUCUUCAACAUAUAAUUACCUGAAAUGAAUAAAUUGAUAGUUAAAAGUUCAGAUAAAGAUAUUAAUGCUAUUGUGGAAUUCAAUAGAACAAGGAGAAAUUUCAUGAAUUAAACUAUCACUUUUAACUAAACAAUGAAUUUAAAUACUGGUUCAAGAUAUAAAAGUAAUUUCAGCCUUAAAAGGCCUUAUAAUAAUAGAAAAGAAUACUAAAGUAAGGAAGUUAUUUCAAAUUUAGAGACAAUUCAUAAGAAUCAUGGGUUGCAAGUUACGAAGAUAAAAUAAACCCAGCUUUUUCCUGAUGUAGAUUUAGAAUCAGAAGUAUUUUACUAACUUCAUUAAAAAAAGAAAAAUACUAAAGCUAAAGAUGCAGAUACUAAUACCAUAAAGCCUUGGUAAAAGAAGACAUCUAUUGCAACUAGCGCAUUUGACAUCAAUACGAGUCAAGCUAAUGAGAAUACUGGUAAUGAUUACGGAAUAGAGAGUAUCAUGAAAAUGAGGAUUAAUAAUGCCAAAAUUAAUAACACAAUAAUAGGAAUGAGAAAUGUAUACGGAAUGAUGAGUAGUAGUGAUGAUGAGGAUGAAGAAAAUAUUAUUGUUGACGGUGUUCAGAUGAAAAAUACCUAUUAAGACUGA